AUGCUGCUGCUCACCUUGCUCAUGCGGGAGUCCCACGUCUCAGAGUCCGGCAUCAAGGGCAUGAAGCUCACCCGGACGAUCACCGGCACCUGCACCGAGGGUGUCGUGUCGGAUCUGCUUGUGACAGCCGCGCGGUUCAAGCGCCCGAUGCGCCGUGCGGCGCAGUGUCGCCAGCUCCUGCGAAGAAGUUUGCUGAUCCUGGGUACCUCUGGCUCUUGUUUGGCCGGACCCAUCCGGUGUGAGAUGUUCAGCGAUGAUCCCCUCGGUCUCGGUGGCAUGGAUGGGGGCGGAAGUCUCUUCGGACGAAGAGGAGCUGGUGCGAAACGCGCCCAAGCCAAGGUUCCGGUGACAAUCCUGUGCGGGUUUCUUGGCGCGGGCAAGACGACCAUGGUGCAGCACGUUCUGAAGAAUCGGGAAGGUCUCAAGGUGGGGGUUGUGGUCAAUGACGUGGCAGAGGUGAACAUCGAUUCCGAGGUCUUGAAAUUUGAAGAUGCCGACGGCAUCGUGGGGCUGCAGAACGGAUGUGUCUGUUGCUCUGGCAGGGCCGAUCUGUUCGCGCGACUUCAAGAACUGGUGGAGAGCAGCGGAGUGACGAAGUUGGAGAAGCCGUGGGACAGGCUCGUGGUUGAGUGCUCCGGAGUUGCGGAGCCGGAAAGCAUUGCCUCGGAGCUCGAGGCCAUGGGCCGAAGAGGCGAGCCGGUCAUGAAGCGAAUUUUCCUCGCUGGUAUCAUCUGCGUCGUCGAUGCUUCGGCCUUCUGGGACAUGUACAACUCAGGUGACAGCGGCGACGCAACUCGCAAACCGUUGUCAGUCCUGCUGGUGAGCCAGCUGGAGUCGGCGGACACCGUCGUCAUCAAUAAGACUGACUUGGUGAGCCCGGAAGAGUUAGACAAAGUUCGACAGCUUGUGUCUGCCUUGAGCCCGAAUGCUCGGCAGUUUCCGGCAACGAAAGGGGCCAUUCCCAUGAGGACCCUGCUCCCCGCCGAUCCGGUGGAUUUGGACAUGCCGGCGUAUGUGCCAACAUUGGUGAAUCGUCACGGUGCAGCAGUCCGUGCUUCUGAAGCAGCAGGUUAUCGUCCGCCCCGUGAAGACCCCCACUCAGCUGUUGCUUUGCAGGAUCAAAAUGGGCACAACGGACAUGGAUACGCCCACGCUGACCACGGCCACGAACAUGCCCACGAGCAUGGGCACGAACAUGGCCAUGGACACGGACACGAUGGUGAGGAUUGCCAACUAUGUGCGCGACAUGAACGUUUUGGCAUCUCCAGCUUCGUUUAUCGCUGCAAGGACAGGGUCUUUGAUCCUGAUCGAUUGGCCGACUUCAAUAGAAAGCUGCCGGUGGUCGCGGCAACCUUAGGCUUCCUUGCGGAGGCCGAGGUGAAGCCCGUGAAGGAUCCGCUGCUUUCGGGCGUCCUUCGCUCCAAAGGCUUUGUACAUGUGCUGGGCUCCAAGCAGUCGUUUUACUGGUCGCAUGCUGGCCGACGAAUCGAAGCUUUUCCAGCCAGCGAGUCGACCACAAGCAGGCAGUCAGAAGUAGUCUUUAUUGGGACCAAGCUGGAUCGGACUGCCAUAAGUGCAGCGCUGGAUGCGUGUCUGGCAAGCACGGAUGACAAUAGCAACGCCGACGUCACCGGGCUCCUGCAGAGGAUGCAGGAGACCUUAGCAGACCUCCGACUUGUGGAGCUGGUUCCUGGUGGCCACGAUGUGGAGGUGACGGAAGAGAACAAGGCAGACUGGCUACGGCUCCACCUGCAUGACAAGCUUUACCGAUCGAUGCAGAAGGCUGCCGACUCCUUUCGUGCAGGGAUCUUGGACAUUUGGGGCGGUACUCGGCGGACCUGUCCAUUGUUGGUCCUGCUGACGCCAGCGGAGCUUGUGCGGAUUUGGGCCGGCAGCGGCGUGACCGAUGCAGAUGUGCGUCGCUGGAAGGAGGCUCACUGGUUGUCCAAUUGGAACCCGGGAAGUUCCCGUGGCCCUUCGAGAUUCAGCUGCUUGACACUCCACGCACCCACGCACCGCCCGUAUCGCGCGAAUGCACCAACAUUUUGGAUCCAUGGUUCUGCAUUUGUCAUGUGUCAUAUGGCUUUUCCGUGUUGGGGUUCCGGAGGUUGCGACCGUCAGCGACGAGGUCAAGACGCAAGCAGGCCUCUCAUGGACAUAGCCUGUCCCGCCUGUUAUGCGUGGCUUACUGAGGUUCACUGA